AUGUGUACAAAAUGGCGUCACAGAAUAUCAAGCGCGUUUCUAAACUGUGUGCUGAUGAGGAGAUUUAAGAUAGCAGUCAGGAAGUGGCGGAGAAUGCGCCUCUUCCGAAAAAGGGAUGAUCUAUCUACGAGCCGUCAACAGUCAAAUGACCAAGCACCGUCGACAUCUGGUACUCCUGCACACUUGGCCCGCCCCGUGCCCACAGACCCGCUACUGGAACCAGAUGAAGGUCAAAGACUGAGGGAACAACAACUUAGACAAUAUGCAUUCUUCCAACUGAGGAUACAUCUGAAGAGGGGCCAAAACCUAGUAGCCAUGGAUAAAAACGGUUUGUUAUCAGGCACCAGUGACCCCUACGUGAAGUUCAAGGCCGGGGGCAGACUGCUCCAUAAGUCGAAGAUCGUGCAUAGGGAUCUUAAUCCAGUUUGGGACGAGUGUUUUACGGUACCGAUCGAGGACCCGUUCGUUCCGAUACAGCUUAAGGUGUUCGAUUACGAUUGGGGUUUGCAAGACGACUUCAUGGGCUCCUGUUACCUCGACCUCACAGCAUUAGAACUAGGCCGCACUCAAGACCUAGUCCUCUGUCUUCGGGACCCCAACAAACCGAAUCAAGAUAUGGGGGAGAUUGUUCUGAACGUCACCUUGUGGCCGAAGUCGCAAGAAGACAAAGAGCAGGAAAUAAGCUUACCUCGCUCCCAGCUAGCUCUGGUGAGGGUAAAACUUUAA